UGGUAGUACUACCAGACUAAGUCAGCAAGAAAACAGAGUGGGAUAUGCCCACCAGAGAUCAGGCAUGUUAUGUGGGAGCGAUGAGGGUAUCAGUACCAGCUGUGGCAGUGUGGGGGAGAAUUGCUCCCUCUCACAGCAUCACUGCCAUUAUGAUUACAGAUGACCAGCAGACUAUUGUUACAGGAAGUCAAGAGGGGCAAAUAUGUCUCUGGGAUCUUUCAUCAGAAUUAAAGAUUUCAUCUAAAGAAAUUCUCUUUGGCCAUACUGCUUCUGUAACUUGUUUGGCAAAGGCAAGAGAGUUUGAGAAACAGCCAUAUGUAGUGAGUGCUACUGAAAAUGGGGAGAUGUGUGUUUGGAAUGUCACUAGUGGACUGUGCAUUGAGAAAACAAAGCUUCCUUAUAGGCAUACAGCAAUCUAUUAUUACCAUUGCUCAUUCCGAAUGAUAGGUGAAGGCUGGCUUCUUUGUUUUGGAGAAUAUCAAGAUGUUCUUAUUAUUGAUGCUAAGACUUUGGAUGUUCUGCACACUUUGUCUUCUCAGUCUUCUGAUUGGAUAAAUUGUAUGUGUAUUGUUCGCUCCGCAAGAAUUCAAGAAGACUCACUGGUUGCCGUGUCUGUAACUGGAGUUCUUAAAGCAUGGGACCUAUCUUCAUCUUUGACCAGCAUACAGGAGAGGCAAAAUGUGUGUGAAAAGGAGUCCAAGUCUCUGGACUGUAUGAACUGCCGAGCAAUACGGUUUUGCACUUACACAGAAAGGCUCCUUCUGGUUGUGUCUUCCAUAUGCUGGCAGGUCUAUGAUUACUGUGAUUUCUCUUUGCUGUGUACUGAGUUCUGUAAGAGUGGUCAGUGCUUUGCUGGUGGAGAAGUACUAGCAGCUUACAGGCUUAUCAUCUGGACAGAAGAUGGUUACAGUUACAUCUACCAGCUGCUAAACAGUGGACUUUCCAAAAGCACAUAUCCUGCAGAUGCGAAGGUGCUGAAAGAAACUGUUUAUCCUCAUUUACUCUGCUUUACUGAUGUGAAGGAAAAUAAGAGUUUCCCUUUUGUCAUGGGCUUUAUGAAUGAAAGAAAGGAGCCUUUCUAUAAGAUUCUUUUUUCCGGUGAAGCUUCAGGAAGAAUCACUUUGUGGCAUGUUCCUGAUGUUCCUGCAUCUACAUUUGAUGGUUCACCAAAAGAAAUCCCAAUUUCAACAACAUGGACUCUUCAAGAUAAUUUCAAUAAAGCCCAUUCAGUGUCAGAGGGCAUUAUAGAUCAUCUCUGUGAGUCUAAAGAUGGAAUUGAAAAUGCAGUUGUGACUUCCUCUGUGUACAUACCCGGUCUGGAUAAGCUUGUGUGUGGAUGUGAAAAUGGGGAAAUUUUCAUAACGCUAGGUCUAGAAACUGCAAGAGCAAGAUUUCUAGGAAAUGCAUCUUUGAAAGGUAAUCUACCUCAUAAAGUUUUGAAUGGUCAUAGUAGCAGAGUGACAUGUUUACUUUAUCCACAUGGUAAUUCAGUAAGGUUUGAUCCCAGCUGGCUGUUAUCAGGGGGCCAGGAUUCUACUGUGAUCUGCUGGGAUAUAUUUACUGGAAAAAUCUUGCACCGAUUUAGUCUGCAAUCUGGUCCAGUGACAGAGCUAUUGAGAUCUCCAGACAACUGCAAAUUGCAGUAUCAUAGUGUAGUGUGCUGUGUGUGUAGUGAUCACUCAGUAGCAGUUCUACACCUUCAGAAGAAAGUUUGUCUCUUACAUGCCAGAAAGCAUCUGUUUCCUGUGAAGAAGAUAAAAUUUGACCCCAUUGGAAAUCUGCUAAUUGUUGGGUGUGAAGAUGAUUCUGUUUAUGUUUGGGAAAUUGAAACAGGCACUCUGGAACGGCAUGAAACAGGUGAAGUAGCAAAAGCAAUCCUUUCUUCCAUUGAAGAGUCAGAAUACUUAGUGGCGGAUUCUCUACAUCCUGUAUCUCAGGAGUCUAGAAGAAAUAAAAAUGUUCAAUACAAAUCCUCCAGCUCUUAUAAGCGUGGUAUGAUCUACAAUCUUACUCAGACAGAAAAAUCUUCAGAUAAGGUAACAGAUAACAGCCUUAUUCAACAGCCCUUUACUGUUUUACCAGUUAAGACAAAAUGGAACAACGCAAACUUUCAUGUUCUCUUAUUUGAUCUGGAAAAACUUGUGGAUAUUCUGCUGUCAUCUCAACUCUGUGGAUUGAAGUCAUCAAAUUCAUUCCACAACUAUGAUGCUCUAGAAAGAGCCAAAAGUACUACUGAGAAAAGAGCGCUAACAUUAAAAAGAAAUAAAACUGCUGGGUUCACAUUGUCAGUGGAUGGACAAGUAGGUACUGUUUGUGCAAACCAGGUCAAUAUAGAUUCUAACACAAUUAGGCCUUUGGAAGAAAGUGGUGGCAUAAAAAGACAGAAAAAAAUGAAGAGUUCAAGAAAGACUAAAAUGCAGCCAUCAGGAAACAUUGAUGUGAACAUCACCACAGAUACAGCUAAACUGCUUUUGUCAUGUCUCUUACCCUGGGGUGUAGAUAAAGAAAUAGAUAAUCUUUUUGUUGGGCAAUUAGAUAUCUUAAGGCUGCAGAGCCCGGUUGCUUUUGGACUUGUGUCAAAUGAAAGCCACCUCUCAUUGAUGUUGCCGGGAUGGAAAUGUACUGAUGGUGGUGUGCUAGAAGAACACACUUCAAGCAACUUGUUUUCAAAAAGAGUGCUUGAUUUAUCAAACAAGUACCUUGCCGCAACCGAAGGGCACACUGGUGAGAAAGAUGGAGCAGUGAAUAAUGUUUACGGAACAAAGGGAGCUGAAAUAAUUUUUUUCUUAUUAAGCAGAAUACUUUUAAUCAACAGAGUUUUUAACGUGCCUUCAGCAUAUACGAGUCAAAUUGAAAGCCUACAGCAACCAGAAUCUGUACACAGCAAAUGGCAAAAUGUGGAAGCAGCCAUAUCUUCAUUUCCCAGUUUCUAUGGAGAGUUACCCCGCAAUAAGAGUAGACGCCGUUCCUCUGAUUUUGCAAAUGCUGCACUGCUGAAACUCAUUUGUUGUUGGAGUGACCAGUCUAUAAAGAUUAUUGAGGCAAUGCAAGCAGUGCUGUUGGCAGAAGUUCAGAGGACUAUGACAACCUUGAGAAAGACAGCAGCCUGCAGAGAGCCAUUGGCUAUAUUAGAGAAUGGAAAUGUUAGUGUGCUGAAGCAUGACAAGAGCUCAAACUCGGCAAACUUCCAAGACGCAGAGGGUGCACCUGACAGAUGUGUCUUAGAAGAAUCUGAGAAUCCAGAUGACAUGAAGGCACAUCCCUGGAUAUCUAAGGUGUGCUCCUGUAAGGUGUGUUAGAAGACCCCACUUAGCUGAAGGAAUACGAAGAUGCACAAGAGCAGCCAAGACAUAAGAUAAAGGUGGAAUGGACAUGGAGUGGCUUACUGUGGUUAUUAUUUUAUACCUUCAUUUUCAGAAGAAAUAUCUUCCAUAAUGUCAGCUGCUCUCUGCUGAUUUACUGAAUUCAAUUCACACUUCUCUCACUAAUAGAUUU